AUGCGAGUUUGUGUGGUUGGCGCAGGUGCAUCUGGCCUGCCAGCCAUCAAAUCAUGCAUCGAAGAAGGUCUCGAUGUUGUGUGCUAUGAGAAAACUUCAGGAAUCGGAGGACUCUGGAAUUAUCGACCAGGCCAGAAAAAUGUUAGUAUUACUCUAUCUUUACUCCCAAACUAUACCUAUUUUUCUCUAGAUUGGUGGCACAGUCAUGGAGAGUACUGUAGUGAACACAUCAAAAGAAAUGAUGGCAUAUUCGGAUUUUCCGCCGCCAGAAAAUUUUGCAAAUUUUAUGCAUCACUCAAAAAGUUAUUGAAUAUAUUCAAGCCUAUGCUGAAAAAUUCCAACUUUUGGAGAAAAUUCAAUUUAACACAAUUGUCAAAAGGAUAUCUCGCAACGAAGAGAAUAAAUAUGUAGUUCAAUUGGAUAAUGGGAAUGUGGAGAUUUUUGAUAAACUUAUGCUUUGCACAGGACAUCAUGCACAACCAUCUUAUCCACAAUUAAAAGGUAAGCAAUUUGAAAUUUUCUGAUUAUUCAUAACUUUAAUUUUUUUAGAUCUCGAUAAAUUCAAAGGCACAGUAUCGCAUGCUUAUAAUUACACUAAUACGAAAGGUUACGAGGGAAAAGAUGUUUUUCUUCUUGGAAUCGGAAACUCAGCACUCGAUAUCGCUGUUGAUAUUGCAAAACUCGCAAAAUCUGUGACAAUUUCAACUCGAAGAGGAACUUGGAUAUUCAAUAGAGUUAGUCAAGGUGGAAUGCCUUAUGAUGUUUUGCUUUUCUCUCGAUAUUAUGAUACACUUCUCAAAACAGUUCCACAUGUUUUGGCAAAUGAUUUUAUGGAGCAUAGACUUCAACAAAGAAUGGAUCACGAUUUGUAUGGUUUGCGUCCAGAUCAUCGAUUCUUCCAACAACAUCCAACUGUUAAUGAUGCUUUAGCUAAUUUAUUAUGUGCUGGAUAUAUCACGAUUACUGUAAGUUUCAUUUAAUUUCUGAUUGAUUUUUUAGAAUUUUUAUAUUUUUUUCAGGAAGACAUUGAUACUUUCACUGAAAAUAGUGUGAUCGUCAAAGGUGGUCGUGAAUUUCCAUGUGAUGUUUUCUUGACUUGCACUGGUUAUACUUUUGGUUUCCCAUUCGUUGAUUCAGACAUUAUCGAUAUUAAAAAUCAACAAGUUCCACUUUACAAAUAUGUCUUCCCACCAAAUAGUGAUUCUGUUGCUGUGAUCGGAUUGAUUCAACCAAUUGGAAGUAUCGCUCCAAUUUCAGAAAUUCAAUCAAGAUGGGCGGCGAGAGUAUUUGCUGGAAAAACAAAAUUAGCCAGUGUUGAAGAGCAGAUUUUGGAUAUGACACAGAAAAAAGAAUCGAUGAAGAAACGAUAUUUCGAUAGUAUAAAACAUACAAUUCAAGUUGAUUAUAUGACUUAUAUGGAUGAAAUUGCUAGUUUAAUUGGAUGUGUUCCACCAAUGCAAAAAUAUUUCUUUUCAAAUAUCCGAUUUUGGAUGAAACUUUUUAUGGGUCCAAAUGUUCCAUAUGUUUAUCGAUUGGUUGGACCAAAUUCUUGGGAAGGAGCUGAACAAGCUGUUUGGAAAGUGUCAGAUCGUGUCAAAAAACCAUUGAAGAAUCGACAGUGUAGAAUUAGAAAACAUAAGAAGAGAGGAACUACGGUAAGAUAUUUAUUGAAAAUUGAAAAACACCUGUGUUACGCAAAUAUGCAGAAAAUGUGAAUUUUCAAUCAAAAUUCUUUCAGGACGAAUAUUUCCGCUAUGCCACACAAAAAGUGAUUGUUACAAAUAUCUCAAUUCUUUUCGUCUCUGGACUUCUUCUUUAUUGCUCAACAACUGGAACUCUUCCACCACUCGUCUAUUUCCUCUCAUUUUUCCUAUUCUUCACUUUAUAUGGUGCUACUCUCAUGUGGUAUGAUCUACAGUAUGAUAUGACCACUAUUUUCUAA